AUGGAAGGCUGGACGUGGGACUCCUUCACCAAGGGCGCCGCCGACGCCGCGGAGACCACGCGUUUGCUCGCCCUGAAGAGCGCCAAACGUGCGGAGAUUAUGUACAUAGAAAACCAAAUCUCGAGCGCCAUGAGCGCGUUCGGGACGCAAGCGUUCCCGGCGCUCGAGCGCGGUGAGUCCGUGACUCCACUCUACGAACAGACCAAGCGGGACGUCGAUAGGCACCGCGCCGACGUCGCCGAGUGCGAACGCGAGUGUCAGAGGCUCGAUCAGGAGAUCACAAACGUCGGGUGCGCCGAAGCGCAGAUCAACGCGACCGGGUCGGCGACGCCGGACGUGCGAGCGAGCGCGCCGAGGUCGACCGCGAGCCUCCAGGACUUGUAG